UUCUUUUAACGAUUUUUCGGGAACGAGAGUGAUUAAUAGCCUACAUUGCAGAGAAAAUGGGUUACCAUGCAUCUACCUUGUUGACUCGGGAGGUGCCAAUCUGCCUCGUCAAGCGGAUAUAUUCGCCGAUAGGGAACAUUUUGGAAGGAUUUUCUACAAUCAGGCUACGCUUAGUUCACAAGGUAUUCCUCAGUUGGCUGUAGUGAUGGGAAGUUGCACUGCUGGUGGGGCUUACGUGCCUGCCAUGUCGGACCAAGCCAUUAUUGUCAAGGGUAAUGGUACAGUGUUCCUUGGAGGGCCGCCUCUGGUUAAGGCAGCCACCGGUGAAGAGGUUGGUGGAUUUCAUGCACUUGGAAGAAAGAUGUUUAUCAGUGAUAAAAAGCCCUUCAGAUAA